CGCGCCGCCACUAUUCCCCCGUGCUUGCGAGCGCUGCGCGCAUGCGCAGCUGUCAGCUGUCACCCGCUUGCGGGCAGCAGCCCCGAAGGGACCGGGGAGGCGGUGGCGGGAGUAGCGGACCGGACCGGACCGGACCGGACCGACCUGACCUGCACAGCCGUCCUUCGCCUUCCUCUGGCUGCGGCUGCCCGCUCUACCCUGUACCAGGAAGCUGGAUUGAAGGUGAACCACAAUGUCUGCUGUUACCUCAAAAUGUCCUCCAAAUCAAUUCAAAAUCAUGACUUUUAGGCCUACGAUGGAUGAAUUCAGGGAGUUCAACAAAUACUUAGUAUACAUGGAAUCACAGGGUGCUCACAGGGCUGGAGUUGCAAAGGUUAUUCCACCGAAGGAGUGGAAGCCAAGAAAACAUUAUAACGAUAUUGAAGAUCUGGUGAUUCCUGCUCCAAUUGAGCAGAGGGUCAUUGGCCAGUUGGGGCUCUUCACACAGUACAGCAUUCAGAAAAAGCCCAUGGCAGUGAAGGAGUUCAAGCAGCUGGCCAACAGUGACAGAUACCGCACGCCAAGUUAUGUAGAUUAUGAAGAUCUGGAGCGUAAAUACUGGAAGAACUUGACUUUUGUGGCACCAAUUUAUGGAGCAGAUAUCAAUGGGAGCAUUUAUGAUGAAGGUAUUGAGGAAUGGAAUAUUGGCCAUCUUAAUACAAUAUUGGAUGUUGUAGAAGAAGAGUGUGGAAUUUCUAUUGAGGGUGUAAAUACGCCGUAUCUGUAUUUUGGCAUGUGGAAAACAACGUUUCCAUGGCACACUGAAGACAUGGAUCUUUACAGUAUUAAUUAUCUCCAUUUUGGGGAACCAAAGUCAUGGUAUGCUGUUCCUCCAGAGCAUGGGAAACGGCUUGAAAGACUAUCUCAAGAGUUCUUCCCAAGCAUCUCUCAUGGAUGUAGUGCUUUUCUUCGCCACAAAAUGACUCUGAUUUCUCCAUCAGUAUUGAAAAACUAUGGAAUUCCUUUUGACAAGAUUACACAAGAGGCAGGAGAAUUUAUGAUCACUUUCCCCUAUGGAUACCAUGCAGGAUUUAAUCAUGGUUUUAACUGUGCCGAGUCAACAAACUUUGCCACCAUCCGAUGGAUUGAUUAUGGGAAAGCAGCAAACUUGUGCACUUGCAGGAGAGACAUGGUGAAAAUAUCCAUGGACAUCUUUGUGAAGACGUUUCAACCAAACAGAUACCAGCUGUGGAAACAAGGCAAGGAUAUAUACACCAUAGAUCAUACAAAACCAAUGCCUGAAUCAACACCUGAACUAAAGGCCUGGCUACAAAGAAGGGAGAAAAUAAAGAACUUUCCCAAAUGCUCCCAUUACACCAGAUUUCAAUCUAAAAAGCCUAAAACUCCAGAGGACAAGAGAGUAUCUGCUAUGGAAGCUGGUGCAGAAAUCAUAGCAACUGAAGCAGCUACUGAUGGCUUCAAGGUCACUGGAAAAAAAGUGAGACCGGUAAACACAGGAGUGCCUUCUGGGGAAGAAGAAAACAGUAGUAGAAAGCAGCUGGAUCAACAGUUAUUGGAUAACGUCAAGGUUGCAGGAAGCAUCCAUUCAGACUCAUUUUUGAGCCCUGUUCCUGUACAAGAGAAAAUAAUAAUGGAAGAUGAGGACAUGACAGAUUCCAGUCAACCUCUCUUUACAUUUGGAGAUUCUGUGGCCUGCAUGCUCGCUUCUGAUAGCUGUAGGAAAGAAGAGAGUUUGAAAUCUCAGGAUGAGUCUAUUUCAUCCAUACCAUACCAUAAGUCAGAGGGACAAACUUCUGAAGCAGAAAACCCAGAUAAAGAUGAAAAUGUCUCAUCAGAGGAUGGUGUCAGCAACCUAGAAAGCUGUGGAAGUAGCAUGGAACAUGAAGAAUUGCCUGUUGUAAAAAAAGCUAAAGAAGAUUGCAUGGAAACAUCCAGUUCAGUGGAAGUUGAAAGAAAUAAAAUAUCUACGAGUUGGCAUCAUCCACUAAAUAAAUCCCCAGUUAGAUCUCCAGUGACUUUGAUUCAACAGCAGACAGCUGGCGGUGAAGCAUGGUAUGUGUUCAUUUCUCCUCUUCUAUCUUCUGCACUGCUACUGAGAGAACUGACUGAUGUUACCUUAACUGAAGAGAAAAAUCAAGAGACAGAGACAUGGGCCAGGCCUCUGGUCUACCUUUGGCAGACAAAAGUACCCAAUUUCAAUGCUGAAAAACAAUAUAAUGCAGCUUGUGCGAAAAAGGAACCACACUGUGCCAUUUGUACUCUCCUCAUGCCAUACUACAAGCCAGACAAUCAUGAUGAAAAAAGUCCUAUUUUUGGGGAAGCAAACUCAGCAGAAACACUGAUAGCUGAAAAUGAAAAAACUAAACCUCUUAUUCCAGAGAUGUGUUUUAUUUAUAGUGAAGAAAACACUGAAAACUAUCCACCAAAUGCCUUUAUUGAAGAAGAUGGAACAAGUCUUCUGAUUUCCUGUGCAAAGUGUUGCGUGCGGGUUCAUGCAAGUUGCUAUGGUGUUUCUCCUCGUGAAAUCCAAAAUGAAUGGUUGUGUUCUCGAUGCAGAAAAGAAGCCUGGAGAGCUGAAUGUUGUCUCUGCAAUUUGAGAGGUGGUGCAUUGAAGAGAACUACUGACAAGAAGUGGGCACAUGUAAUAUGUGCAAUUGCCAUCCCAGAAGUUAGAUUUGGUAAUGUCACGGAACGUACACUGAUAGACACUAGCAGAGUACCUUUGGAAAGAUUGAAAUUGAAAUGUAUCUUCUGCAGAGAGAGAAUUAAGAGUAACUUCGGUGCCUGCAUUCAGUGUUCAUAUGGACGCUGCCUAGCCUCCUUCCAUGUUACCUGUGCCCAUGCUGCAGGAGUGCUGAUAGAACCUGUUGAGUGGCCAUAUGUUCUCUAUGUCACAUGUUUCAGGCACAAGAUCAACCAAAAUGUGAGACGUAAUACAUGUGAAAAGGCCAUUACGGUUGGGCAGACAGUCAUCUCGAAACAUAGAAAUACACGAUACUAUAGUUGCAAAGUCAUGGGAGUGACAUCUCAACUUUUCUAUGAAGUCGUGUUUGAUGACGGCUCUAUCAGUCUAGAUACUUUUCCUGAAGACAUUGUAAGCAGAGAUUGCCUAAGGCUGGGUCCUCCUGCAGAGGGAGAGGUUGUCCAAGUGAAAUGGCCUGAUGGAAAACUGUAUGGUGCGAAGUAUGUGGGAGCAAACACAGUUACCAUGUAUAAGGUUGAGUUUGAAGAUGGUUCUGAAAUAGCAGUCAAGAGAGAAGAGAUCUAUACACUAGAUGAAGAGCUUCCUAAGAGAGUAAAAGCACGUUUUUCUACAGCCUCUGACAUGAGAUUUGAAAACACAUUUAAUGGAGAAGAAGUUACCUUGGGAGAGAAGAGGCAGAAAAUAUUGAAUUCCCGCUUUGGGAAUGAGUAUGUGAAUGAUUCAGGAUGCCGUGUCUUCUUUGAAAGAUCAUUCCGGAAGAAAUGCCAGAAAGAGCUAUAAAGAAAGCAAAAUAGAGAGAGGGAUGUUGGUUAAAAAGCAUGCAACAUUAUUUGCAAUUGGUUUCGGUUUAAUUGAACACUCAGUUUUACAGUGUGUGAAUUUAUAACCAGCCUUGUAAACUGAAGUACUAGAGUUCUGGUUUCUUCAGUUAACGUAUUAAAGAUUUUGUAAUAUUUUGUAUUAUGAAACUAAGGGGGAUAUCAAAUAAGAGUAAGAGAGAUUACACAGUCAUAUGCUGAAGAAAACUUUCAGUCCUGCUUGUAUACUAAAAAAAGUUGUAAAAUUCCCUUUGAAUUAUGAGAAAAGAUUCACAUUUAGAAGAGGAGACAUUUUAGUAAAGAGAGGUAAUUUCAGUGGAUCAUUUUGUUAUGCAGACAGGAAGGGAUGUCAAGUCCAAUAACAGCAGUUUUAUAAAGCAUUUUUAAAACAAAUACAAACAUGUGCAGUAUUAAGACAAACAAAGGCUGUACUUGUUUUGUACAGUGCUUUUACAUUUUUAUGUCACUACUGCUCUCAGUAGGGAUUGAUGUGGACUCAACUGUUAGCUUAGAAAUUUUAGACUUUUAAGAAAGAUACCUUCAGGGCAUCGAGGCUGUUUUGUAUAUUUAAAGGGGCAGAUUUUGGCAGUUAUUUUUAAUACUGGUGUUUUCACAAGGUCUGUUAAAAAUAAGUGUUUUUUAAAUAUAGUUUUCUUCCAUUAUGAGCACAGAAAGUUAGAGUUUAAAUACAUAAGUUUAAGAGCCUAGUUUUAAAUGAAUAUAUUAUGGUCUU